CCCAUCAGCCCGGCCGGCGGCGGCGCCGCACUCUCGCGAGAGCUCGGCUGCUGCGGCAGGAGCAGCGCCAGGCGGCCGGGCGGCCGCCGCCACCCGCCGCGGGACGGGUCACGCCACGCCACGCCACGCUGCUUUGGUAAAUCGCCGAGGUUUUUUUUCCCCUACUUUUCCUGUGCAACAGAGAAGCUGAGUGUGUGCCAGCAUGGCAGAAAAAGUGAACAACUUCCCUCCCCUGCCGAAGUUCAUCCCCUUGAAGCCAUGUUUCUACCAGGACUUUGAUGCGGAGAUCCCACCGCAGCACCGUACUAUGGCCAAGCGGCUUUACUACCUCUGGAUGCUGAACAGCAUCACCUUGGCAGUGAAUCUCGUUGGCUGCCUCGCAUGGCUGAUUGGAGGCGGCGGAGCUGUUAAUUUUGGACUGGCAAUUCUCUGGCUCAUUCUCUUUACACCCUGCUCCUAUGUCUGCUGGUUUAGACCUAUUUACAAAGCUUUCAAGACAGACAGUUCCUUCAGCUUCAUGGCCUUCUUCUUCACCUUCAUGGCCCAGCUGGUGAUCAGCAUUAUCCAGGCGGUGGGAAUCCCUGGCUGGGGUGUCUGCGGCUGGAUUGCAGCAAUUUCCUUCUUUGGGACCAACGUGGGGUCGGCUGUGGUGAUGCUGAUCCCCACCGUCCUGUUCACGGGGAUGGCAGUCUUCUCCUUCAUCGCUCUCACUAUGGUGCAUAAGUUUUACCGGGGGAGCGGUGGGAGCUUCAGCAAAGCCCAGGAGGAGUGGACCACAGGGGCAUGGAAGAACCCCCACGUCCAGCAGGCAGCACAGAAUGCAGCGAUGGGGGCGGCGCAGGGGGCCAUGAUGCAGCACGAGACGCAGUACUCGGCCACCCCGAACUACACCUACUCCAAUGAGAUGUGAGCAGCAGGACUCUGUCCUCGGGCAAAAGAUCUGGGGGGGAAGGGAGGAGGAGGAAGAGGAAAGCUGAGCCGAGUUUCUGCAGCUAUUUCAGAAAGUCGAAGUGUACCAUAAUGGUUCUUUUCCCAUUCUUUGUAAUGAGAUCAUUUUGGAUUUUUUUCUUCUUUUUUUCCCCCCCGUUAUUGUCUUGAGCUCUUCUUUUCUCCUUUAUUUUUCAUUUUGAAGAGGCCGUUGAGUUGACCUGCAGGGCUCUUGUUGUGUGUGGUAGUAAGUGUACGUUCACGUGUCUUCUUUUUCGCUGUGAAAUAGUGUAUGGUGGUGGUUUUUUAAUUACUGUGGUGAUAGGUGUAUGUUAGAACCACAUCAGCCAAAAGCCCCCCUCCACCCCCAAAAGGGAAAGAUAAAAAUAGCAACCAGCACCCAUUUCCCCUCUUGGAAUAAGCCCUGAACCACAGGUAUCUGAUGUGUGUGUUUUCUCUUUCAGUUGGUAGUGUCCAGCCACUUGCCACUGUCUCAGCAAGGGCAAUCAAUCCCGGGAAUUCUCCCUUUUCUUUUGCUUUUUAACUAGCAGGUGGCUGGGUGAUUUAGUGUUAAAAAAAAAAAAAAAAAAGAGAGGGGGAAAAAAACCCAAACCAACCCUCAAUCCUGCUGUUGAUCUGCUGGAAGCCAAGAGAUUCCUAAUCUACACCCUGGCUCAGGAUCUACAACUUCUCUCAGUGUGUGGUGUUGUAAAUGAGUAGUUUACAUUUUGACGUGGAAGACCAGUAUUUGUGUGUGACUGGGCAGGAGCCCCGGCGCACUCUGUGUGUGUGUGUGUGUGCGCGCGUGCAAGUGUAUGUGUUGAGGAGCGAGGACAGGUUUUCCCUGUGGGAUACAACUGUCCUGUUCCAGAUUCUGCAUCCCGAGUCUGUUUUUUAAAGGCUUCUAUUUUGAAAAGCGGCUAGAAAAUUGGCAGAGCGUUUCUCAGAGGACCUAUUCUUGGGUAAGGCUCUGGGUCAAAUCUUGCCAUCCCGUAUGCAAGCACAUACAAUCAGUCUCACUGACUAUGUAAAUAGCGAAGCCAAGAUUCGUCCCUGUUAGCUUUUGAGGCAUGCACUAAUUUAAGGCUCUUUAGGAAACCUCCAGGCUGGUGGGAAGGAUUCCUGCUCACCUGCGCUUCUAAAAAGCGCAGUGAAACGUGGCUGUGUAUUUUCCCGGUGCAGAAAUCCCUGCUCCUGUCAGCCCCAAAUCCCUGCCCAGUUAGGGGAGGUUGAGCUUUAAAUAAUGAUCUUGCACCUUAGCGGGAGGCAGCUGAGCUCAGACUAACACCUCUUGGGCUGUGGCAGAUGGGGAAGGUGACUGGCAGACCAUGGAAAAGAUCGGUUUGUAAAUGGGAGCUGAUGGACACUGCAGGGCAGGAGUAGGGAAAGCUCCUUCUCAGAGAUGCUUUUCAGACUCUAAAUGCACUUUAAAUAAGCCAAAUUUUUCUCCCAAGUCCUAGAAAAGCAGCCUAAACGGAACCCGAUCCAGCCCCUUGGCUCAAAUAUCUCCUGCACGCUGCAGACAAGCUCGGUGUGCCACCGCUGAUGCCCACAGCUAGCCAGGGCUGUGCGAGUCCCCAGCCCCUUGCCCCCCGUCCCCUCUAGCUGUCUGGUGAUGCUUGUCUGUGACUCCUGCCCACGAGAAUCACCCCAAAGAGGAACUUCUCUUUUCCAGCAAAGCACACCAAGAAUAGUUUCCUUUUUAAGGGUAUCACUUCAGUCACUCUGCAGUAGGCAGUCGUCUCUUGACAAGACUAAAAUGCAACUAAUGAUAAAAUGCCUGUCUGUGUGUGCGUGUGUGUAUAUAUAUAUAUGUAUAAAAUCUAAGGAAAAAAGUAAUCCUUUGCUGAGCCUAUUAUGUACUUAAUCAGGUUUAAAUAUUGUGCAAUUCAUUGAUAGCUAGCCUAAAACUUACUAUGCCAAAUCACGUGCUGUCAUCCAUGUCUGAGAAAUGAUGAAUUAAGUGACUUCACCUUUUGCAUUUACAAUAAGAUGCAUAAAUAAUAACUGUAACAAGCUGUAACUAACAGACAUUGCUUCAGCAUCUAA